CCAGGCUUGCCGCCUUAGCGCGGGCGCCCCGAAGGUCUCGCCCGCGGUCUUGCAACCCCACGGUUUCUAUCUAUCGCGAACUCCACCAGCCGUGCUGCCUGCGCGGAGACAGCUUGCUCCUCACAGAGACGACGAUAGAUCCGCGAUGGGUGUGCUAGGCACUCCCCUGACGCUACUCUACCAAUGACUGACAACCCGCCCUCUCCGACUUCUCCUCGCUCCCAGUUCCCCUCCCAUCCAGAGCCGCGGGUUUGGGUCAUUUCUUCCGGAGAUUCGCCCAUUGGCAUCUCCCUCGCGCGCCAGGUUCUCGCGCACGGAGAUUAUGUUGUUGCAGGGCUGGUACCGCAACAAAGCGAACGUGAUGAGAUCCGUCGGGAACAGUUCAAGGCUUUUCUGGAAGAGGUGGAGACGCAUGACCAUGAAGGAUGGCGACAGCGUCUAAAAGGAAUUGAACUAGAUCUUAGGAUGAUGGGCGAGUGUCAGGCGGUAAUCGCAGAAACUGUCAGCAGAUUCGGGAAGGUUGAUAUACUGGUCUGCUGCACGAGUCAAGCUGUCGUUGGAACUGUGGAAGAGCUUGCGGCAUCCCAACGGACAUUGAACCUUGUGCGAGACCAGUUCGAAACCAAUUAUUUCGGUCCUGUGAAUUUCAUGAAGGCAGCACUGCCGCAAUUACGGAAACAGAGGGCAGGUCAUAUAAUAGUACUUUCGGGCAUUACCGGGCACAUAGGAACCCCAGGACUCGGUGUUUAUUGUGCCUCAGGGUGGGCACUUGAGGGAUUCUGCGACAGUAUCGCCUACGAGAUUGCCCCUUUCAAUAUCAAACUGAGCAUACUCCAAGCCAGCAUCGAAAUCGGCAUUCUCUCUAACUUGGUGACGAGCGUUCCUCCCAUCGUACCUGCCUACGCCCCUGCGCAGAACCACGCACCACUAUUUCGAGGCAUCCUUAACGGCAUUCUGACUCGCCUCUCAAACGAAAAUGGCGAAUCGGCUGCGGGUGUUGAAGGCUCGUCCGGGUCUAACGUAGAUACCGCACGAGGGACCGGUCCCCUCUCAGCGCCUCACGUUGUUUCAAUGUACCCUCCGCUUACUCCAAGUCAUCUGGACAUUCUUACGGCAGAGACGGUUCACGCCAUCACUGCGAUCGCGGGUCAUGAGAAUCCGCCCUCGCGACACAUCAUUGGCCAGGAGGGCGUCGCAAGCGUUAAGGAGAAGCUCAAGACGGUUAGUGAGGAGUUAGAAGAUUUCAUUCAAGCCAGCUGCGCUGCAGAUAUUGCAGUCGAUGACGACUCUGCUAGCUCGUUCAAGGAAGAUAGUGUAGGAAGAGUACAUAUAUGACAUACUAAGUGAAAGAAUCUUCGCCUACGGCUUGGGGAAGGUCAUUUUUAAUACUAUUUGCCCUGUGAUAAGCCAUAAGGUCAAAUCUUGGAAUAAGGAACUGAUACUGCAUUAAUUUGUAGUAGUACAUGCAUGAUUGACCAUUUUUACCAGCAAGUAAAGAGUGCAUGCGAUGUAUUAGUCACAUCAAGUUCACAGUAAGCCGCUCAUAUGAUGAGGAUAAACCCAAGG